AUGGCGCUGGUCACCUCGCCCACCGAGCUGGAGUGCCUGACCAAGCCGCUCUUCUGCCGAAAGGGGGCGCUGCGCCAGAAGCUGAUCCACGAGGUCAAGAGCCACAAAUUCACGGCGCGAUUCUUCAAGCAGCCCACGUUCUGCAGCCACUGCACGGACUUCAUCUGGGGGAUCGGGAAGCAGGGACUGCAGUGUCUAGUCUGCAGCUUCGUCGUACACAAACGGUGCCAUGAAUUUGUCACCUUCGAAUGCCCGGGAGCCGGGAAAGGACCCCAGACAGAUGACCCCCGGAACAAGCACAAAUUCAAGAGCCACAGCUACAGCAGCCCGACCUUCUGCGACCACUGCGGCUCCCUGCUCUACGGGCUGGUGCACCAGGGCAUGAAGUGCUCUUGCUGUGAGAUGAAUGUGCACAAGCGCUGCGUGCAGAGUGUGCCCAGCCUGUGCGGGGUGGAUCACACGGAGCGCCGCGGCCGCCUGCAGCUCCGCAUCGAGACGCUCGGCGGGGAGGAGAUACGCGUCUUCGUGGGUGAGGCCCGGAACCUCAUCCCCAUGGACCCCAAUGGGCUGUCGGACCCCUACGUGAAGCUGAAGCUCAUCCCGGACCCCAAGAACGUGAGCAAGCAGAAAACCCGGACUGUGAAAUCCACUCUGAACCCCGUGUGGAACGAGACCUUCCUAUUCACGCUGAGGCCGGGAGAUGUGGAGCGGCGGCUGUCCGUCGAGGUGUGGGACUGGGACCGCACCUCACGCAAUGACUUCAUGGGAGCCAUGUCCUUUGGCGUGUCGGAGCUGCUGAAGGGACACGCGGACGGAUGGUACAAGUUACUCAACCAGGAGGAGGGGGAGUAUUACAAUGUCCCUGUGGCUGAUGCCGAAAAUUGUGGGCUGCUGCAGAAAUUUGAGGCCUGUAACUACCCCCUGGAGCUGUACCAGAAGGUGCGCCACGGCCCGGGCCCCUCGCCCACCCCCAGCCCCACGGACUCCAAGCACGGCAGCUUCUUCGGGACCAGCCGCUUCCACAUCUCCGACUUCAACUUCCUCAUGGUGCUGGGGAAGGGCAGCUUUGGCAAGGUGAUGCUGGCUGAGCGGCGGGGCACGGACGAGCUCUACGCCAUCAAGAUCCUGAAGAAGGACGUGAUCAUCCAGGACGACGACGUGGAAUGUACCAUGGUGGAGAAGCGGGUCCUGGCGCUCAGCGACCGGCCACACUUCCUCACCCAGCUGCACUCCACCUUCCAGACCACGGAUCGGCUCUAUUUCGUGAUGGAAUACGUCAAUGGCGGAGACCUCAUGUACCAUAUCCAGCAGGUCGGGAAGUUCAAGGAACCUCAUGCCAUGUUCUACGCAGCAGAGAUCGCCAUCGGCCUCUUCUUCCUGCACAACAAGGGCAUCAUCUAUCGGGAUCUGAAGCUGGAUAACGUGAUGCUGGAUGCCGAGGGCCACAUCAAGAUCACGGAUUUCGGGAUGUGCAAAGAGAACAUCUUCCCCGGAGUGACCACCCGGACCUUCUGCGGGACCCCCGACUACAUCGCCCCGGAGAUAAUUGCCUACCAGCCCUACGGGAAGUCGGUGGAUUGGUGGUCCUUCGGGGUGUUGCUCUAUGAGAUGCUAGCGGGGCAGCCCCCCUUUGACGGGGAGGACGAGGACGAGCUGUUCCAGGCGAUCAUGGAGCACACGGUGUCCUACCCGAAGUCGCUGUCCCGCGAGGCCGUCUCCAUCUGCAAAGGGUUCCUCACCAAGCACCCCCUGAAACGCCUGGGCUCGGGGCCAGCCGGGGAGCAGGACAUCCGGGAGCACGGCUUUUUCUGCUGGAUGGACUGGGAGAGCCUGGAGCGCCUGGAGAUCCCGCCGCCCUUCACCCCCCGCCCGUGCGGGAAGAGUGGCGAGAACUUCGACAAGUUUUUCACGCGGGCAGUGCCGGCGCUGACCCCGCCGGACCAGCUGGUCAUGGCGGGGCUGGACCAGAGCGAAUUUCAGGGCUUCACCUAUAUCAACCCCGCCUUCGUGCACCUCUCGCUGCGCCCCCCCACCUCCCCCAUCUCCAUGGUCUGA